UUUUCAUGUUGGAUUAAGAAAACGAAAAAACAAAUUGUCAGUCUCCUUUUUAAUUUUUUGUUUUCGAUUGGCAGUUGAAAAACGAAAGAACGAAUGAUACACGGAUUUACGUGUCUGCUGCAUUUCCCGUGUGCUGUUGUCUGUCGAUGCGCACGUCUCUGACUGGACAGGGCGGGGUGAUGUUUGGGUUCCGGUAUGAUGGCCGCGAUGAUGAAACGGGGGACGGACGCGAUUUCGAUCCCUAAUUAACGCUCUUGUUUUACACCGGGGACAACAAUGACAUUGUUUGACGUCGCGGAGUAACAGCGUCAGUGCAGGGAAGCGGGGAAGCUGCUGGUGGAGAAAAGUGUUUCUCUGCGGCGCCUAUUGUUGAAUACAAUGAGGACGCUAUUUACCUUCUGCUGCUGCUUCCUUGUUACCGGCAAAGCGGACUGGGCGUGGGCCACUGUAAAUCAGACCAUUAACCGCAGCAACCCCUCCAGUUUGACGGCGGAUAGCAGCAGGUAUAUCGUCAUUGGGGACGGUUCGUCACAGGAAUUUGAGUUUCCUGAAAACACCAAGGGCGUGAUUGUAAUCUCCAGCCAAUACCGGAACAACGGCAACGGCCGAAAGAGCUGGAAACAGACUGUGAAAGUGCGCUCCUUAGACCCAGAGGUCCUCUCCAUCUUGAAUGUGACAGACGGUGGCCAUGCGGGACCUGCAAGGAACUACAUUAUCAGUAUCCACUCUGGUUUCCCAGGAAGGGCUCAGCUGGAGAUCCAACUGUUGGAAGAGAACCAGGAUUCAAUGCUCGUUCUGAUCGAGGAGAGGACAGAUUACUGUAUUGUGGUGGCCCCUGGGAGUGAUGACCCCGCCACACAACUCAUCCAAUCAGGUGGACUGUCCCAUUUCUCAGAGAACCCUGUGCUAUUUGCUCUGCUUCCCCUCAUCUUUGUCAACAAGUGUGCCUUUGGCUGCAAGGUGGAGGUGGAGGUACUGAAGGCCCUCCUGAGGAGCCCCGUGCCUCUGUUCCUUGGGGUGCUGGGUCAGUUCCUGGUGAUGCCGUUGUAUGCAUACAGCGUGUCUCAGCUGGCCUUGCUGCCCAAAGCGCUCUCACUGGGCCUGGUGAUCACAUGCUCCGCCCCGGGUGGUGGAGGUGGAUACCUUUACAGUCUACUGCUUGGAGGAGAUGUCACUCUGGCUAUCUCCAUGACUCUGGUGUCUACAGUGGUGGCGGUGGCAGCCAUGCCUCUGUCAUCAGCUCUGUAUGGACAUCUGCUCGGGGUGCAUGCGGCACUGCAUGUGCCAUUCGUGAAGAUUCUUGGCACCCUCCUCUUCAUUGCCAUCCCCAUUUCUCUUGGAAUGCUGGUCAAGCUACGCCUGCCCGCCCUCACUCGUGUCUUGCUCGCACUCAUUAGGCCCUUUAGCUUUGUGCUCAUUGUUGGUGGCAUUUUUAUGGCUUACCAAAUGGGCGCAUCUAUACUGGCCAAUGUCAGGCCUCCCAUUGUGGCUGUCGGCGUGACGGUGCCUUUGCUUGGAUUGUUGGUCGGGGCACUUCUGGCCAAGCUGGCUGGCCUGGCACCACCUCAGAGGAAGACGGUGAGCAUUGAGGUGGGCGUCCAGAACAGCUUGCUGGCCCUGGCUGUCAUGCAGCUGUCCUUCCGCCGGGUGGAGGCCGACUUCGCGUCACAAGCUCCUUUCAUUGUGGCCCUGUCCAGCACCUCUGAGAUGCUUCUCGUAGUUCUGGCAUAUUACACCCAACACUGGUUGUGUGGGCCCACUGUCCCUAGAAGUGACACCUGAUUGUUGCUGCAAUUUUUGGGAGAAAAAAAAAAGAA